AGCUUUCCAGCGACUACAGAGAAGAGCACACGGUGCAUAAGGAGAAAUACAAACCAGGCAUAGCAAUGGAGAACUUUAAUGUCUUACUCCCAGACCUUACUGAAGAGCAGCAAGACAUCUUCCAGAGGGCUUUUACUGCUGAUGCCAGUUACUUGAAGAAUCAUGAGAAAACGAAUGAGUCCUUCUGGGAAUCACUUGUAAAAUGUUUAGCCACUAUCGACCCACCUGUCCUGAGUACUGAAGAAAAGAACAAUCUCCUCAACGGCUGCAAUGUCCCACCUGCAGGCUGUGCAGCCUGCCUGAGAGCCAUAGAGGAGGAAGGAGUGAGGGCCAUGGCUGUUCUCUACCUCUUGCUGAAGACAAGGAACCCAUCUGGAUACAGGCAGCUGCCCAGCUCUAAGGGAAAGGAUGAAAAACUGAAACUCCUGAAGAGAUUAGAAAGGAAUCUUGUGCAUUCACAAGGGGAUAAAAAGGCUGAAAACUCAUCCCAGGAGUCCACAGAUGAAGACACAAAAGCAUAUGACGAGAACACUCGCCUCCAUCAGCGGACAGUUCGGUGGAUGGGCAUACGGAAGGAUGAUGAAUUCUUUCAUUUUGUAAUUCUUUGCUUUGCAAUUGGAGCUUUACUAAUUUGCUACUACUACUACAAAGAUUGGACUAUUUCUCUUGGAACUGGAUUGGUCACCUUUGCUUCCCUGGAAACCACCGGGAUAUACUUUGGUUUAGUGUACCGAAUUCGGAGCUUACUUAACAGCCUUGUUCCUCUGAUUGACAAGUUCAGGCCUACAGGUAUGAGGAAGGCUGACUAG